UGACGCGUAUUUCAGUCGACAGCAGCUGACCAAACUGUCCUCCUGAUAGAUGGAGUUGAAGGAGUAAACGGGUUAUUUAAGUGCUAUUUAUGGGCUUUGGUCGUGUUUAGAGUCACUGAGCCUCUCCGUCUGAAAUGUACCUCUUACUUUAUGCGUCCGAUAAUUUGUUUCAAUCUCGCUGAUUUUCUUCUCGCUAACCUGCUCGUGUUAUUGCCGGACAGGUGUCGUGUGCUAGGUCGAAAUGACUCUUGCAGCUUUGCAAAACACCGGCGUGCUUUACAGAAGGAUAUUAUCACAGUUUCCUCAGGACAUCAGCUUAGCUUUUGCCUACGGGUCUGGGGUUUUUAAACAGCAUGGGACCGACCAAGUUCAAAUGGAGAAGAACAUGCUGGACUUUGUGUUUGCGGUGGACGACCCAGUGACGUGGCACACCAUGAAUCUGCUGCAGAAUCGCAAACACUAUUCCAUCCUCAAGCUGCUGGGUCCCACGAAGAUCAGCUCCAUACAAAACGAACACGGGGCUUCUGUGUACUACAACACACUGGUGCCUGUGGACGGGAAAAUAAUCAAAUACGGUGUAAUCAGUACAGACUCUCUUAUUGAUGACCUGAUGCAUUGGAAGACCAUGUAUGUUGCCGGACGUCUUCACAAACCGGUGAAAAUGCUGGUGCAGAGCGAGAAUGGAAAGCUCCGCGCUGCCUUGGUGGCAAAUCUGAAGAGUGCUGUGACAGCUUCCUUCCUUAUGCUGCCAGAGAGCUUCACCGAGGAAGACCUUUUCCUGCAAAUAGCUGGUCUUUCUUAUGCUGGCGAUUUCAGGAUGGUGAUUGGAGAAGAUAAAUCCAAGGUGGCCAAUAUCGUCAGAGACAACAUUCAGCACUUCAGGAUUCUGUAUAGUAACAUCCUGCGGGACUGCCCUCAAGUGGUUUACAAACCUCAACAAGGAAAACUUGAGGUUGACAAAAGUCCCGAAGGCCAGUUUACCCAGCUGAUGGCGUUGCCCCGCACUCUUCAGCAGAGGAUCACAAAGCUGGUUGAUCCUCCAGGGAAAAACCGGGAUGUGGAGGAGAUCCUGCUUCAGGUGGCUCAGGACCCCGACUGUGGAACGGUUGUGCAACAAGGUAUCUCGUCGAUUGUGAAAUCCUCCAGUAUAACGCAGAGUAUCAAAGGCAUUGCCACAGCUGGCUUGUGGAAGACGGUGUCCUACAGCUCCAAAAAACUGAGAAAGAUGUGGAAGGGCUGGAGGAGGAAGCCGCCUGUCUCCCAGAUGUCCUGAUCCUGUCUUUUUUUUAUUUAAACCAGGAACCUGUCCGUCUUUGUUUUUGUCACUCAGGCAAUCCAACAAUGUCCAUCCUCUGGUUCUAUCACUCUAUUGUCUCUACGGCCCUCCGUUAGCCUGUGUGUGAAUAGUUGAGAAGCGUUCUCAUUAAAUUCAUAAAAGCUGUAGGAUAAAAGGUGACAUUUCCUGAGUCAACCUGAAUUAUGGCUGACAUGUAAUGGUACUAAAGACUGAGCCUCAAUGGAGGAUGACUACUGCGACUCAUGAGAUACUAAUGAUCUGUAUGAGCACAGCUUGGAAAGUGUACCUCGUGUUACAUGAGGAAAUGGCUUAGGAGGUCCUCAGUUUAAUCAUGGGAGUGUUACAUCUGUGUAUUUUUCUAGGCUACAGACACACACACGUAAAGACACUUAACACACUUAUUUCCACGUAUUGUUACUUCACCAAAGAUGGCCAAACCUUUAUCUUUCCCUGUGUUCUGUCAGUAUUCGUUCAUUGGGUCAGCUCGUUAUUUUAAUCAGAUCAAAAGUGGAAAUAGCUGUAGUGUAAUUCAGUCACAAGAAAUGGGUUUAAUAAACUUUUUCAAGUGUGAGGAUUUUCUCUUCAGUUGCAUGGUUUUGUUGUAACAUCCAAAAGUGAGUAUGAGAAUUAUGUUUGUUUUUUUCCAACUUAUUGGGCUUUCAGUUUAGAUUAACUGGUUCAGUGUGACACAUUAAUGUCCACCGAGGGCAGUGUAAAUGUCACACUUAAAUGAAAUACACAAUACAUUAUUCCAAUGUUGCAAUUUCACUUGACAAAAUUAUGUUUUCAUUGAAAUGUAUCGUAUUACUUUUUCUCAAUAGCAGUUUAGAUAUGAAAAAGGAAAACGGGUACAUUUUGAUAUGACUAGUCAAAAUGUAAUUUUUAUGAAAUGUUAUGUUUUGCAAUUAAUUACAUAUGCAUGAUGCAAUGGGGUGCAUGUAUUUACACUACAAUAGCACAAGAUAAGUACAGAGCAUGGGACGCAUACAAAUACACAGUAACACAAAUCUUAAACUGCAAUGCAGCUUUUAAACAUUGAAAACAUUCAGUCAAAAUACCUGUGUGAUUAUUUAUUUAUUUUGUUUGUGUUUACCUAUGGAUGUCAAAUUUUUGCAUUUUAUUUCCUUUGUGUGAUCAAAAGUAACAAAACAUUUUCAAAGGAAAGCAGUUAUCAUGUGGACAAUAUCGCUCUCUACCUGAUACUGUUGUGGCCACAUGAAUCAUUUAGAGGCAGGUUGUACAUUACGUCAUAGCGCACAACACGGUUAUCUCAUCUCUGUACUUUGGGACAGUUUGCUGAUCACACAGGUUUGUCCACAUACUGUAUGAUCCAUCUCUGCUCCUGUGAUUUAUCUGCAGCUGAGAGAUAAUUGAAUUAAACUGUAUCUGUUUAACAUCAGCAGCAGUCAAAA